CUGUCACCCGAUAAGAUAACCGGAUCAAUCGUGAUUUGUGAAACGAUCGUUCGUAUUUCGUCGCGUCGUUAUAAUAAAUUAAUGCAUCGUGAAAAAAAUUUCAAUUGUUUUUAUUGUACAGCUGUACAAUCGUUGCUAUGAUACCCGUUGUAAAUAACUAAUAGUUAUCGUUCCGGGACCGUAACUUACAAUAACGUAAAACGACGUUGAGUGCCCAUUUAUAGGAUAGGCACUGUUUUUAUAUUAUUUUAUUUUAAUCGAACAACGGUUUUUUAUCAAUUUUUCAGCUCACUUGUCAGCGCCUAAACGGACAUUGUCAUCAUGGUAGUGGCCAAUGAAAAUGGUAGCGCAUACACACCGACUGUUGUGGCUCAGGUCCGUUACAUGUUACAAUGGUUUGGUGAGUGGAGCGAAAUGGAACGCGGCGACUUCUUGCCGGUAUUGGUUCAUGGGUUUGGGUGUAACAGCAGCGCUGCCAAUGGUCUACCAUCUAUCAUGGAAACCCUAUGCAAAGAGGAAGGCCGUCCACUUAGUCUGUUCAAAUGCCGCAUCAAGCUGUUCACUGAAUGGGUCCAGACGUGGUCUGACGAAGACAAAGACAGCUUCCUGAGCGGUAUACGUUCUAUGGACACAGAUUUUGCAGAGAGAUACGAACAAAAAGCCGUUAACCAUGUGGUCAACAGCUCUGAGCACUGCAAUGGUAUUAAUGGGGAUAAAAAUCCCGAUGAAUUACCAGAAGAAACAAUUUAAAUAAACAACGUUCAUCACAUAUUAUAAGCUCUGUGAUUCCAAAUAAUACUUCAUUUAUGGUUGAAAAGUUUUACUCAACUAUUCAUUUUGGUAAUGGAUUCUUACUUAAUGAUAAUUUUAAAUUGAAUCAGUUUAAAAUAGAUUUUUACAACUUACCUAUAUAAUAAUAUAUAUUAUAAUACUCAAUACAUUCCAACCUAUCUAUACUUAGGUAUCUAUUACUUCAAUAUUUUACUGUAUGCCUAUUGACUUAUCAAAAAUUGUUACUACUUAUUUUGUAUUUGUGUACACAUCCUCCCUAAAACAUUUUUAGUUGUUUUAUCACAUUCCAAGAACUGCCUAAUAAUAAUGAUUGUAAACAUU